UCACAUUAAUAUGUUACGCGAUGAGCUUGAAACCAUUUUCUCUUUUCGUGUGUACAUGCGCAGUUUUGCUCGAAUGCACCAUGUCCAUUUAGUUUUCCUUUUUCAUGCUAAUACAUCGUUCAAUUUCGCGUCGACUCAUUGUUUGUUCAGGCGACCUGUACAAAAAUAAUUUCUAAAAGUUUUUCCGUUUGAAAUGUGCUAAAUUUGUAGAAAUAUUUUGGAGCCAUGACUACUGAUAUUUUCAUCAAACAUCAUCAGAUUAGUUUGCGGGUAGUCGGAGCGUGGCCUACGAGCCCGCUGCUGUCAGUUUUCUAUUUCGGCAUAGGAAUCACAUUUUUCUUUCUAGUUUUUGAAAUAUGGGACAUCGUUGAAAUCCGAAAUAAUCUUGAAUUGCUCAUGGAUAAUUUGGUUUCUACUGUUGGGGUCUUCCUUGGGCUAUGCAAGAUAGCAACAUUUCGCUGGAAACGUAGAUACAUUAAGGGAAUGAUUAUUACGAUGUCAAAUGAUUGGCGACUUGAAAGUAUAAGAUCGGAAGUUAUGAAGAAAAACGGCACACGUUUUCAACGCGUGGCAAUAUUUAUCAUUAUAAUGGAUAACGUGGUGAACUUUACUUAUUUCCUCCAAACUGUAACUUCUUAUAUUUUUGAUGAAAUUCCGGAUAGGAAGUUUCUUGCUCGUGUCAAAUUCCCGAUGGACGCUAGACAAUCACCUUUUUACGAAAUUAUUAUUAUUGGCCAAUUUAUUACUGCGUCCAUACAUUUCAAUGCACAUGCUCUAGUCGACGGCUUUCUCGUGACUUUGGUCUUACAUGCAUGUUCAAAAAUAGCUAUAGUGAAAAGAGAAAUUGCAAACUAUUCGAAAAUUUGUCAAAGAAAUAUCGAUGACAGAGAGAGUACGUUAUCAGCUUUAUGUAGAUUAUAUUGCAAGCAUUUGGAGUUUAUUGAAUUUUCGAAAAAUAUUCGAGAUAUUUUUUCUCUCGUGGCCUUUUUUCAUAUAUCGUUCUUAACAUUGUUACAAGUAAUGUCUGGAUUUAUGUUCAUUGAUGGGCUAGAAAGAGGAGCUAAGCUUGUAGAUAUGAUACAUUAUGCCGUACUUACUAUAACAUUUUUAAUCACUAUAGGGUUUUAUUGUAUCUGCGGAGAAUACCUAAAUAAUCAGAGUAAGACUAUUUUUUAUGAAUUUUGUAAUUGUUAUUGGUACGAGUUCUCUAUUGACAAUAAAAAAGCGGUAAAGUUUAUGUUAUUCAAAGCUCAGAAGCCAAUGACCUUGACAAUGGGAAAAUUUAAUGAUCUAUCGCUCAUUUAUUUUACUUCGAUUGUUAAGACUUCUUUUUCAUAUUUAUCACUUGUCCGAGCCAGUUUAUUUCUUAUAGGUUGUGCGCAUCCUUCUGAAUAUCUCAUGAGAGUUGUGAAUAUUGAGAAGAAAAAGAUUAUCACUUUUAAAAUCGAUAUUAAAAUUAUGUCACUAAUGAUUAACAAGUUAUUUGAACUUUGUUUGAAAAUGGUUGGACUUUGGCCAUAUGAUUUUAACAUUAUUGGCCCAUUAAUAUUGUCGUCGUCAGCUUUAACAACGAUGCCUUUUCAAGUGUGGAAUGCGGUCACUAUGAGCCAAAAUGCUGCAGUUUUGAUGGACAAUUUAAGUGAUAUGUUGACACAAGUUCUGAUCCUCAUUAAAAUGUUUUUUGUGUGGAAAAAUAAAAGAAUCCUUGAUGAGAUCAUGAAGGACUUAUUAGAAGAUUGGAAUUCAAAAGAAUUACCUGACGAAUGGCUUAUUCUUGCGCGUAUAUGUCGCACUUUUUUUACAAUUGAUAUUUCAAUGUACUUACCAUCAUGCACGCUUUAUUAUAUAGAUAGUGCCUUCUCAUAUUUCGGGAAACCUAUAGAAAAUAGAAAAUUGUUAUUACCAUCGUUUUAUCCGUUUUCUUAUCAUCACUCUCCUGUAUUUGAAGGUAUAUUUAUAAUUCAAGGCAUUCAAUGUACAAUGCUAAUCAUUGCAGACGUAGUUACACAGAGUCUUCUGGUGACUUUAGUAAGAAAUUCAUUUACUUGGUAUAUUAAAUGUCUGAAAUGUUCACCAUGUUUUUAUUUUAUUUUGUUUCGUCAGAUUCUACACGUUUCUGCACAGAUAAAUUUAUUAAAAAGUAACGUAUGCAUUUAUUCGAAUAACUUUAAGGUAAUCAAUGGCAAUUCUACUGAGCAAUUAUAUCAUAUCAGGCAUGUAGUGCAGCAACAUCUGAAAGUUUUGAGACUUAUCGAAAAAAUCGAUACAAUUUACUCUAAUGUAUCUUUUUUUCAAAUAAGUUUCAGUAGUUUGAUCAUUUGUGUUACUGGAUACGUCAUAGUUACCGCAAUGGAAUCAUCAGAUUUAAUACUUUUGAUGAAAUUCAUUCUAUUCAUUUUCGCAAUGUUAUUACAAGUUUUUUCAUUUUGCUUUAUUGGACAAUACCUUCAAAACAGGGGCGAGUCUAUUAUAUCUGCGUUAUACAGUUGUUUGUGGUAUAAAGCCCCCCCAAAUGAAAUAAAAUCAGUAAUGCUUGUAUUGUCAAAAGCUCAAGCCUCUUUAAAAUUAACUGGAGGUCGGAUAUUUCAAUUGUCCAUCAACACGUUCGUGAAGAUUUUAAAGACAUCAGUAUCUUACCUGUCAGUUCUUCGAGCGGUUUACCAAUGAAUUUGAAAUUUAUGUCAUAUACGCCAUGGAGAGCAAGCACUGUCUUUCAUCGUGCGAAGAAUAUUAUUUAAACAUUCGGCGUUUCGUGCACUCGAUGCGAUUUCUUUCCUAUAUUUGCUUACUUGUCUUUUAAUGCUCACGAUAAUAUACUAUAUUUUAGUAUAUUUUUUUAUAAUAAACUUUGCAUUCAAAUUUUAAACGACACACUCAAGAAUUUAUUCAUUCAAUUUAAAUAAAAAAUACACAA